AGUCUAGUGUUAGACGGGACGAAAACGGCAUUCCCCAAGAAAUACCGAGUCACAUGCAUAACGUGGCAAUGGCAGCUAAAAGAAACCGUAAAUCAUCAACCGAUAAAAUGAUUGAUGAACUCGACGGAUCAAAAACACCCAAAAAAUCAAAAGGUCGCGCUCCUGCUCCUCCAGAAGAAAACAGCCUUUCCAUCAAUACAAAUAUAGAAAAUGGUGAACCCGAAUGCGUAAGAUCACACAAAGAAGUUGGCGGUACAGAGGGCAAGACAUACCCAGAAAAGCAUCCUGAUGAAAUAUUCAAACACUGCAGCCCUAAAUAUAAUAAAAGUCAUAACCAGCAUUCAAAUUCAGGUCCUAAAGAAAAUGGUAAACCCACAAUUAAUAAUUUAAACGAAAAUGGAAUUUCUGGUUACGCGUUGGACUCAGAUGCAGAGAGUGAUAAUCAGUCGUCUGUAAACACCAUAGCUCUGAAUUCUAGUGACAUCACGAUUCAUCAUAUUGAAGAUAACGAAGAAAUUCAAAAUCGUAGAACGGCUAGUACAGGGGAUUUGUCAAAACUACAGAGAGCCAAAAAGGGAGGCGGAAGUACAUUAGAAAGGGCUCAAAGUUUAGACAUCGCCGAUACAGGAAUUACAUUGCCAAAAAAGCAUAAAUCGGACAAUUUGGAAAUGACUGGAUCUGACGAGAGUGUUUAUGAAAAAUACAUGAUGUAUAAAGAACCGAGACUAUCGCUCGUCUUAGAUGGGCUUAAUACAUUUCAGAGAAGUCGGCUAAAGAAAUCAACAGAAUGGGGAAAUUUGGAGGAUGCAAUUUUAAAUUUGGACAAAGACACAAACAGCGAAGAAAGUAAACCACCUUCGUAUGAAAAUUCAAGCUCCAGAGAAUUCGACGCUCUCGUGAAUAAAAUAAACGAAAUUAAAAACGAAGACGUAAAAGACGUAGAAAACGAGAUGGUUAAUGACAUUGCCAAAAAGGACGUCCUUCAUAAAACUUAUAACGACCUAACAGAGAUUAUGAACGACGAGAAAUCCAACAUAAUGGAAGAAUUAAGUAAACAACAUUCCGACCGCAUUAUUUUAAAAAAUCUGUCACCUUAUGACGACAUAUCUGUACUAAAGGACAUGGAAAACGCCCCUUCAAGCAUAGAUGACACUUCACUUGAAAAUGUCGAAUUAAAAAUAUUACCUGAAGAACCCUUACUGAUGGAAACUACUGCUGCAAACCCAAAAGCAGUACUAACAGCAACAAGUCCUCCACCAGAAGAUUUAUUGGAAACCAACGGAAUAACAACCAGUGAGAUUGAAAUGUACCUUUCCGAAGACAAUGCGGAUCAGAAAGCAGAAGCACCAAAAAGGAAAUCCAGAAAUCAAAUUUGGCCAACUUUUGAAACCCAAACUGAAAAACCAACCAUACCACCGCGAAAACCAGAGCCACCUCUUCGUAGACCCGAACCACAUCUUCGAGAAAAACAUCGACAUCCUGAGGUAGAAAGUGUCGAAAAGAAAAAUGAAAAUAUUAUAACAGUUACUAAGGUGGAAGUUACGGCUGUCGAGGAACCACAAAUUAUUACAAAUUUAACUGAACUGGACAUACCAACUACUGAAUCAGAAGCCAAAAAAUGUCAAACAACCACUACAAUAACUCUCAAUUCGGGAGUAAACGUUUCUAAACCCAUUUUGGGUAAUGAAGAACCAGCGGUACCAUCACCAUCUGAUAAAAGCAGAGUGCAAAUUUCUUCACGGUUCUUCAAACCGAAAUUAAUGAAAGAAUUUUCUGAAAAUUUAAUAAUAGCUGAAAGAUUAUUCGGUUUGAACGAUCCUUUUUAUAAUUCGAUGGAUUCAUCUAGCCUCGACCUGAACGUUUCAGAUGACAUGAAAGUCUCUAGACAUUCCUUAGGAAACUUGCAAACUGAAGCAACGGCUUUACCUUUAGAAAAAUCCAGUAAACAAUUUGAAAAUAAUAUCAGUAGCAUUAUGAUAGAGUCUCCAUAUCAAACUAGCGUAAUAGAUCAAUUAAGUGCUUCUUCUAGUCUACCUAUUAACGAAAACUACGUAGCUGAUUCUGAUGCAAGUAUGAAUAACACAACGUCAUUAUAUACCACUGCUUUGGAUCAAACGCUUACACAGGCAAAUGAAUCAUUAAAAACAGUGAGCGAGGUGGAAGUAGAAGAGGAAGACAAAAACGUACCGGUAACAACUCCAGAUAUCAUAAAAAACAUCACGUUAACAGAAGUAAUUAAUACAGUUAACACACAAAUGAGCUUACUAGAUAACAAGCCUAAGUCACUAAAGUUACAAGUGGUAGGGGAUUCCGAAUCGGAUGAAAAUAAUAAAAAUGUUGCUAAAAAAUUGAUUUAUGAAGAAACUCCAGUGGACAAAAAUUCAACUGUUAACAUUACCGACAGCUCAGAUUCUAAUGAUUCCUUGACAUUCGUAACAGAAAUUCGAGUAUCUCCAAAUGCAUCAGUUAGUAGUAACAUAUCAGAUACAGACACUUAUUCUAUUUCACCAGAAGAUCCUUCUCACAAAAACCUCGAAAACAAAUUUGAAAGUUACGUGAAAAACUUCGAAACUAACAGAAAAAUGUUCGGCUCCCCGGUUAACAGUACAACGCACUACAAAACUGAAUCUCGAAUACCAUCAAAAAUAACGUCAAACAGUGAUAAGAACCAGCCAGAAAAGGACCUUCAAAAAAUACACGAAAUUGUUGAAGAACAACUGAAAAAACUCCCAGAAAUGAGAUUUUCAACGUCCAGUUACGAAUCGACAUCAAAAAUUCCCGAAAAACGAUCGUCUCAUAUUGAACAAAUUAGAUCAAACUUUGAAAAAAAUUCAAAUGACAAAAGUCCAACAAAACCAAAGGCGGAGGGAGUUAAAUCGCGAAUACCAGUGGCAACACAAAAAACACCCCCAACAUCUCCUGAACGUAGAGAUUCUAGGCCAGAUUCGGAAAUAAACUCGGACAUUCUCGAACUUAUGUCUUCCAAAGUGCAUUCAACUCCUGUGUCUAGCAAUCUUCGGUACCAACCCAAAAUUCCAACAAAAAAUGUCACGGUGACUUCCAUUCGCGGUAAUUCCAAGAUACCUUCGGGAAUACCCGGUCGACCACCUAUACCAACUAGGAAACCUGAAAAUUUAGAAGCACAAUCCAACGGGAACGGUGAGAGCAGCUUUAAACAAUGGGUAUUCACCCAAUCUGAAUCUGCCGUUACCAAUAUAAUCGUUGACAAUUUUAAACCGGAACAAAAAUGAAUGAAUGAAUAGGUAUAUGUAUACGUAUACUUUGUUAACACUUUAUUGUUACCUAACAAAAGAGAUAAAAGUUGUAAUUAAUUAAAUUUACACCAGAGCAAUGGUAUUUUGAAAGACGUUUGAUGAGAAAGAACAGA